AUGGUGAACGAAGAGGACUGGUUAAAAAUUAAAGAUUUUAUUGACGGAGAAAUUAAUCCUGGAUUAAAAGAAAAUCUCACUAAAAUGUGCGAUGCUUCUUCCUCUCUCGCUGAAUUUGAGAUUUCUUUAAAAGAGUAUACAAAAUUGAUGGUUGUUGGGUGGGAACUUGGCUGUAAAUGA